GCUCCAUACGCCAAUAUCCUCGCCAUGGUGAGGGAGCCCCGAGAGGUAGGUGAUUGUAUCGCCUUGCCUUUGUUGCUCCGCGGGACAGGAAGUUUCUCGCGAGAAGCCACCCACUACCUCUACCUGAAACCUCACGACCCUAAAAUACCCGACGAGGAUGCACCUAGAUCUUUGUUCUUGGUGAACAUACCUGUAUGCGCUACCGAGCAAUCACUAAAACACCUAUUCAUGACCAAACUAGAAGGUGGACGCAUGCAGCAAGUAUACUUCUCAGAAAAUGCACCGGGCAAACAGUCCGCACCAACAACGAAAUCAAGUCGAAAGCGCAAGAGGAUGAACCCUGAAGAAAUCGAGGCCGGACUCGACACACACUCCCUCCCAAAUGUCUUCGACGGCGAGAUUCAAAAGAGCGGCGCGUCGGCCAUAGUCGUCUUUGUGGACAAACCUAGCAUGGAACUCACUCUCAAAGCGGCCCAACGAGCUGCAAAAGCCGGUACGCCCGUCGCAUGGGAGGACAUUACAGACUCAAGAAGCAACGAAAUGCCACGCCUUGGGCUGACGAGAUAUGAACACCACAAAUCACUCCAAUACCCCUCGCGCAAGCAGCUUCUUCGCUCGGUCAACGCUUAUAUGUCUGCCUACUCUCAACUUGAAGAGUCUCGGUCUCGGGAAAACGCACGUAAACGCGCAGUUCCCGAUGAGGAUGGUUUCAUUACCGUUACGCGAGGGUCAAGAGGCAGUGCGCGGAUGGAUGAGGCAAAAGAAUCUGCGGAGAAGCAGAAAGAGAAAGCCAAAGCGUUGGAGGACUUCUACAGAUUCCAGACGCGAGAGAGAAGGAAACAGGAGCAAGACGAGAUGAUGAAGCGGUUUGAAGAGGACAAAAAGAAAGUGGAAGAGAUGAGGGCCAGGAGAGGAAAGCUGGAAGUCAACGCGGGCUGAUCUCUUGUGGGUGGCAGUCAAUGUCGCUGACUACACAACCACAGUCCUGCCGCAGACUUCGAUCUGCCAUUGCCCUGAACAAGGCGCUAUGUACAGAUUUAACCAACUUUCUGUGAGAUGUUCGUAUAUGUCGAUGCCCUACGUAUUUACAGAAAUUUUCGCAGUAUAAAUUCCGUCUGUGAAGAGAAGCAUCGGAGGAAUGUCCGAGUUCAAACCAAAACUGUCUUCACCAUGUCCAUUUCGAAACGAUGUGGAUCGCCGUGCAUCAGACCAUGGACAUAUGCCUCGCCAACCAAGCGAUGGGUUCUCUCACCCAAGUAGUCGCCAUCUGCGCUGCAUUUGACAGGACGAAGAAUGUACGGCACCUUCCCACCUCCCAAAAUCCAGACCUCGUCACCCGAUCGAAGAGACCGGGAGCCAGUUCCUAGAAGCAACAGAUUCUUUGUCCGGAACAGGCGUCGCAAUCUUCCGGAUCCGUGCUCGAUAUCAUGAUGCAACUGGGCCAGGGCAAGCGGCGAGUAUGAAUCGCUGGACAACAUAUUCUCCACCAGGGCAGUCAACCGAUCUCGAUAGAAGGAGAGAUUGUACGGAGAAUCAGCGGGCUCGGACGCCAACAGGCCAUGCCAAUCGGGAUUGGUAAGAGUAGAGACGGGUGUUUGAUGUGGCUGGAAAUCGGCAUCGUGCGAUGACCAAGGGGCCAAACGGUGUCGUAUCUGCAGGUUGAGAAUAUAGUCGAUGAACAAGGCUCCACACUCAGAAGGAGCUGGAUGUUGCCGAGAGUAUGUGUUUGUGGUGAGUGUGCGCCAGAGGACAUCGAGGCGUGAGAUUGGGGCUCCCCGAAUUGAUGGCACCGGAUAGGGAUUUGGGAGUUGGAAAACUAGAUCCACAAUACUGGCCCAUGGCUCUCCAGCAUCCGUGGCUUCGUGCGGCAUGAUGGCUUUUCCGGCGAUGGUGUCAAUGUGGAAGCCUUGUACUGGCAAGAGGCCUCUGCGCAGAACUGUUUCGUCACGGGGUGGUUUCCAUUUCAGAUGGCCGCAAGCAGACCAGUUGCACUUCCCUCGGAAUUCAAGUGGAUAGGGAGAAAGAGGCACAGAGUAGUCCGGGACCCAAGAUGGAAGACCUUUGAUCUUGGUGAGUGAUCGAUCCUGCACAUGGGACAACAGGGUCAAAUUCCGACCGCCCCGGAUAAGAGUGCAUGCAGCUUCCGUGUACACUUGCCGGACAGGAGUCUGAUAGUUUGGCUUGAUCUCGUCGGGCUUCUCUGGGGAGGACUUUGCUGCAUUCGACAGGCUGAGAAAAGCAUAUACCUUGUCUCGAGGAUCGGUCGCAGCGGUAUACCUAUGCGUCUCCACCAGCACCCUCAGCGACGGGCCUCCACUGCUCUCUCUCUCAGAGCGUGACUGCAGCGCUCUCCGCGUGUUAUUGAGAUAGACGGGCUCAAGUCCGAAUCUGGUAUUGCUUGCCAAAAGCUUCUUGUACGGCCCUGGGCUGCGGCUUAGUCCUCGA